AUGACCAACCUCCCCGCCCUCGGAAUGAAGACCCUGAGGGCGCACUUGGAGGUCGAGGGGGCGGACAGCGAGAAGAUCCAGCAGGUAUUCGAAAAGGUCCGCGGCCACGGCUCGGCCGUCCCGAUGUACCAGACGGCGUUGCACCCAGAGGAAUUCCAGGGCGAUCCCCCAGCUCUCUACUCUGUAGGGGAUCUCCCCCUCAUGCCGUCUGAAGGUUGCAAGAAGAUGAAGCGUGCCUUUGCCGUUGUCUUGAACUACCAGGGGGACAUCGACAUGGCCGCGGUGCGGGAGGCCAUGGCGGUCAACGACUACAAUGGUCUGCCAGAGCUAUUGCGCCCCAGAACAAACUGGGAAGCCCUUUACACGAUGCAGUUGGCACUGGUGCCCGCUGGCGACGGCGACGGGACAGACAUCAUCAAGUGCUUUCUGUUCUCGGGCCCGCAGCCGUUGGUCGACGUCGAGAACCGCCUCCUGCGUGAUAAUGAAGUGUUGUACACGCUAUCUUGGGGCAAGGGAGCGGACGUCAAGACGCCGUGGAAAGUCUUGGUCUACAUGAUGGAUCGGAGGAAGAAGAAGUGCCUGCCCCAGGACAUGAUCGUAUCCCAGUACCAGUUCAUUAAGGACAACGCCCCGCGCGACAACUUCGAUUGCGAACAGAUGAUGUGGAUCGACUUCCAGCUGAACGACCCGCAGAGCCCCAUCCACAGCUGGAAAGAGGGGAAGAUUAAGGAGGUUCUCUCGCACAUUAAGGACCAGAGCAUUCAGGCGAAAAAGAUCACGUACCACCCCAUCUUCAUCUUCGACACAGGGGGCGAGGGCGUCGAGCGCGCGAAGCGCAUCGUGCCUACUUUCAAGAGCCACUCCUGCCUCAUGGUCGGCGAGCCUGGCGAGGGGGAGACGCCGUGCCUGGAGACGCUGGCAUUCGCCAUGGGCGACUACUACGCAGACAAGCUGGGGGGCCGCGGCUUGGCCUCGUUCAGAGAGGGGCCAGACCUGGAUUUCUUCAGGGCCGAAGAGGGCACGAAGCACUGCCCGUGCGUCUUUGAUGACGGCGACUUGUUCGAGCAGCGCCCGAAGGCGUUGAAGGCUUUCUUGGACGUCGGCCAGUUCCAGGCGAUGGCGAGGGAGCGGUGGGGGGCUGCCAAGUUCGUUCGGGGCCAGGCGCGCUUCGCCGCGGAGAACAUGUACGACGAGACGGCUGUCCCCACCAUGGACGCGUGGCGCGGUCUGUGCAUCUUGUCGCCAGCUGAGGCCAAGCAGAAGCGAAACCAGUACUUCUUCGACAUGCUCAAGCGCAAGUUCCCCAAGGACAUGUCCAAAGCGAACGUCAUGGCCCUCUUGAAGCGGUCCUCCGCGGUCGUGAACGCCCCCAAUGACGUGUUCGAGCGCUUGGCGGGUUUGGACUCGGACGUGACGAGGGCCCCGAAGGUUGGCCACUACAUUACCAAGGCAGCGGGGAAUAUUCUCUACGACUACAUCCACAACGGCGCGACGCGGGACGCCGAGGAAUACAACUCGCUGAGGGACAAGCAGCUCCGCUUCAUGAAGGCGCUGCUGGACAAGGGUUCCGUGCCCCUGUCUCUCUCGGUCAUGGAGGAGCAGCCGCCUGACGGCGCCGAGGGCGGCAGUAGUUCGUCGGCGGCCCGCGAGCCCCUCCCGCCCUUGCCCAAGCGCAUCUGCUGGGCGAGGUCGUUCGGGAGCAUCCCGGAGGUCGAGAUCGACCUCUCGAGCUCGCCCGAAGAGGCCCGCGGCGCCGCCGCCGCGCCCAGUAGCCAGGACCUCGCCGCUGCGCUCGCCUAUUCAGACAACGGCGAUCCGCUCGGCCUGGGCGGCGGAAUGAAUGCCGAUGCGUCGGAAU